AUGAGUGGUUCGCGCGAUAAACAUAACGAGGAAACUCUUUUUGAUAUCGACUUUCUAGAUGAUAGGUAUACCCCGGAACCCGCAAGGCCGGUAAAUGACAGCGGAAGUCGAUCUGGGCCGAUUAUUGAUUCAGGAAUUGAUGAUCUUGUGCAGAUGCAACGGACAGGGUUUCCGCAAGAGGUGAUAGACUUAGACGAUGAGCCGCCGUUUAGGCAUGAUGAUAGCAUUGAGAACGACCUCAUAGAGAACCCGUUUGAUGACGAGCGCGGGCAGCAACGGUAUCUGGCGUCCGCGAACCGCCUGUCCGUGCCGCAGCCCUCCGGCUGGCAGCGACUGGUGGGAGGCUUGCGCGACUCGGUAGGGGGGCGAGGUACGGAGAAUAGCCAGUACCAAAGUUUUGAAAUGCAAGACUACCGGGACACGCACUCGGGUGACCGCUACCAGCGUUCGCGAAAUAAGUUCAAUCUGAAGGCGCUGUUUGACCACUAUGUGCUAAGGAAGCCUGCAGCAGCAGAUACGGGUGCGGGAGAACCGCGGGUAAUUUACAUCAACGAACGUAGGGCUAACGGCGCCAUGGGAUAUGGAGACAACCAUAUCUCUACCACCAAGUACAACGCUGCCACCUUCUUGCCCAAGUUUCUAUUUCAAGAAUUUUCCAAGUACGCUAACCUCUUUUUCCUGUUCACCUCCAUUAUACAACAGGUUCCGAAUGUCACUCCAACCAACAGGUUCACUACAAUCGGCACGCUGAUAGUUGUGCUCGUGGUUUCUGCUAUUAAAGAAAGUGUGGAAGACCUUAAGCGGUCGAACUCCGAUAAAGAACUGAACCAUUCCCGGGCAGAUGUGUACUCGGACGAGAUGGGGCAGUUUAUCUCGAAAAAGUGGAUUGAUAUAGCAGUCGGUGACAUUAUCCGUGUCCGGUCUGAAGAGGCCAUUCCGGCGGACUUGAUAGUCCUUUCAUCUUCCGAACCAGAGGGUCUCUGCUACAUUGAGACUGCGAACCUCGAUGGAGAGACGAACCUCAAGAUCAAACAAGCAAGGCCAGAAACUUCAAAGAUAUUGGAUGUUCGCGAACUGAGUGCGAUGCGCGGAAAGAUCUUAUCUGAACAGCCCAACACUAGUCUAUACACUUACGAGGGUACCAUGAUUCUGCAUAAUAAUCGUAUUCCGCUGUCUCCUGAUCAAAUUCUUUUACGGGGUGCCACGUUGAGGAACACUGCGUGGAUAUUCGGUAUUGUAAUUUUUACAGGGCAUGAAACCAAGCUAAUGCGCAAUGCAACAGCCACUCCCAUUAAAAGAACUGCUGUUGAAAGGGUCAUAAACCUACAAAUUGUUGCGCUGUUUGGCGUGCUGAUUUGCCUGUCUCUGAUUUCGUCGUUCGGCAACCUGAUAGUCAUGUACAACCAGAAAGAAAAUCUAAGCUACCUAUAUCUGCAGGGGACUAACAUGGUUGCACUAUUCUUCAAAAAUAUCUUGACAUUCUGGAUUUUAUUCUCCAACCUAGUUCCUAUCUCGUUGUUUGUUACUGUGGAGAUGAUCAAGUAUUAUCAGGCUUAUAUGAUUGCAUCAGACUUGGAUUUAUUUCACGAAGAGUCAAAUAUGCCCACUGUAGUUCGGACCUCUUCUUUGGUUGAAGAGCUGGGCCAGAUUGAGUAUAUUUUUAGCGAUAAGACCGGUACUUUGACGCAGAACGUAAUGGAAUUCAAAUCAUGUUCUAUAGCAGGCCGCUGCUAUAUUCAAUCAAUCCCAGAGGACAAAGAUGCUGCAUUCGAUGAAGGCAUUGAAGUUGGUUACAGAACGUAUGAUGACAUGCAUGAGCUGCUGCACACUCCAGGCUCUGGAGAUGGUGCUAUAAUUGACGAAUUUUUGACAUUAUUGUCCAUAUGCCAUACGGUCAUUCCUGAAUUUCAGGAGAAUGGCUCGAUCAAGUACCAAGCUGCAUCUCCAGAUGAAGGUGCAUUAGUGCAGGGUGCGGCUGACCUUGGAUACAAAUUCAUUAUCCGUAAGCCAAAUUCCGUAACUAUACUCAGGGAAGAUAUUACUGAAGAAGUGGUCUAUGAACUGCUAAAUAUCUGUGAAUUCAACUCGACAAGGAAGCGUAUGAGUGCGAUCUUCCGGUUCCCAGAUAACUCUAUUAGGCUUUUAUGCAAGGGCGCUGACACAGUGAUAUUGGAGAGACUGGCUGCCACUAGCAAUCCAUACGUUGCCGCAACAUUGCGGCAUCUUGAGGACUACGCUGCGGAAGGGUUGCGGACUCUUUGUAUCGCCUCAAGAACUAUACCAGAAAGUGAGUAUGAAGAAUGGAGUAAACUAUAUGAUGCCGCUGCAACUACAAUGCAUAAUAGGUCGGAAGAGCUAGAUAAGGUGGCAGAGAUGAUUGAAAAAGGUCUUGUCUUGUUGGGAGCAACGGCGAUUGAGGAUAAACUACAAGAUGGGGUGCCGGAAACAAUACAUACUCUACAGCAGGCAGGUAUCAAAGUUUGGGUUCUGACAGGUGACCGUCAGGAAACAGCUAUUAAUAUAGGAAUGAGUUGUAAACUAUUGAGUGAGGAUAUGAACCUGCUAAUUGUCAAUGAAGAUACCAAGGAAUCCACUCGAAACAACUUGAUAGACAAACUGAGAGCAAUCAAUGAUCACCAGAUAUCGCAACAAGAUAUGAAUACUUUAGCUCUAGUGAUUGAUGGAAAAUCUUUAGGUUUCGCACUAGAACCAGAUUUAGAGGAAUUUUUGCUUGCGAUUGGGAAAAUGUGUCGUGCGGUUAUUUGUUGUCGUGUUUCUCCGUUGCAGAAAGCUCUGGUUGUGAAGAUGGUCAAGCGUAGGACUAAAUCUCUAUUAUUAGCUAUCGGCGAUGGUGCGAACGAUGUUAGUAUGAUUCAGGCAGCACACGUCGGUGUUGGUAUCAGUGGUAUGGAAGGUAUGCAGGCUGCCCGGUCCGCAGACUUUGCUCUUGGUCAGUUCAAGUAUUUGAAGAAGUUAUUGCUAGUACAUGGCUCUUGGUCCUAUCAAAGAAUAUCUCAAGCCAUUCUGUACUCGUUCUACAAAAACAUUGCCCUCUACAUGACACAGUUUUGGUACGUCUUGUACAAUGCCUUCUCUGGCCAGUCAAUCAUGGAGUCUUGGACAUUGACCUUCUACAAUGUGUUUUUCACUGUUGCUCCUCCGUUUGUUCUAGGUGUUUUCGACCAAUUUGUCAGUAGUAGACUACUAGAUCGGUAUCCGCAAUUAUACACCUUAGGGCAGAAGGGACAAUUUUUUUCCGUCACAAUAUUCUGGGGGUGGGUUAUCAAUGGUUUCUAUCAUUCCUUGAUUACAUUUGUUGGCUCGAUAAUGUUUUACCGUUAUGGGGCUGCGUUAGCGAUGCAUGGUGAAACUGCGGACCACUGGGUAUGGGGUGUUGCCAUUUAUACAACGAGUAUUAUAAUCGUUUUGGGUAAAGCCGCACUUAUCACCAACCAAUGGACUAAGUUCACUGUUCUAGCAAUUCCUGGCUCGUUAGUCUUUUGGUUGCUUUUCUUUCCAAUUUACGCAUACCUGCUUCCUGGGCUCAAUGUUUCAAAGGAAUAUUACGGUAUAGUUUCACAUGUCUAUGGCUCUUUUACGUUUUGGGCGAUGUGUUACGUACUACCAGUGCUAGCGCUUCUGCGAGAUCUACUAUGGAAGUACUAUAAAAGAACAUAUACUCCAGAGAGUUAUCAUGUUGUUCAGGAAAUGCAGAAGUAUGAUAUCAGCGAUAACAGGCCAAGAAUUGAACAGUUCCAAAAAGCCAUUAGAAAAGUCAGACAAGUCCAGCGGAUGAAAAAACAAAGAGGCUUCGCUUUCUCCCAGAGUGAGGAAGCCGGACAGGAUCGUAUUGUAAGAAUGUAUGAUACUACGCAAAAGAGGGGUACGCAUGGCGAGCUUCAAGAUGCGUCAAUGAAUCCAUUUAAAGAUCUUUGA